AUGGCUACGGUUAAUUAUUUACUCUUCAUGUUCGUUUUGGGUGUUUUUAGUGAGCAUGGGAAGGUAUUGGCACGUGAUGGGAAGAUAGUUAAUGGCACUGAUGCAAAGGAUGGUGAAUUUCCUUUUAUGGUUUCUCUACGACGCGGUGUGCGUCAUUCUUGUGGUGCCACAUUACUUAAUCCAAAAUGGGUGCUAACAGCAGCCCAUUGUGUUGCGCGUGCAAAACCAGAAAAACUCAAUAUACAAUACGGAAAUAUCAAACUAAAUCAGAAUAGCACUAAAAUAGGCAAUGUAUCCAAAAUUUAUGUGCACGAGGGCUAUCUACCUAGCAAUAACUAUAUAAACGAUAUAGCAUUAUUAAAACUUAAGGAGCCGUUAAAAUUUAAUAAGAAAGUUAACAGUGUCCGUUUGCCGGAAAUAAAACAAAUUACGCCCGGUAAUAAAAGUGCCACUUUAAUAGGCUGGGGUCUUAAUGCGACUGGUGGUGUAAUACAAAAUAGAUUGCAAAAAGUGGAACUACAAACAUUUACUGAUGAUGAGUGCAGUCGUCGCCAUGAAGUACAACUGCAUACGACUACACUCUGUGCUGGUGUACCUAAUGGUGGAAAAGGACAAUGUAGUGGAGAUUCUGGUGGACCGUUAUUGAUUAAUGGAAUACAAGUGGGCAUCGUAUCCUGGAGCCGUAAACCGUGCACUAUUGCGCCAUAUCCAGGUGUAUUUACUGAGGUUUCAGCCUAUGUCGACUGGAUACUAAAUAUUGUGCAGAGAAGAGGAGAUGAUGUUGACGAUAGCGAUGAAGAGAAUGAUUCUUUAGAAUUAAUAAUAGGCAAUUUAAUUGUUGUGAAGAAGAGAAAUCCAAUCUUUACUUAAUUCAAAUAAAACAAAAAAAAAAUGUUGUGGUUUUGCAAAAAAUUAUGCAAGUGUAUUGAUUUUUAUAUUAUAUAAAAUAUUCAGAGUUCCACAAUAAAUAUCGAAUUAGAGCUAUAAUUUCUUACUGACCUUUGCUUAUCAUUUCAUUUUUCGUUUUACUUGGUUGCUAUAUAUAACUGAGGUCUGACUUUAUAUAAAGGAUAGUUUAUUUCUCGUUUCAUCCUAUCUUUUUCCUAAGGUGUCUGAAGCAUUUUAAUGGAUGUC